UCAGCGGCGUGAGAACGCGCCCCGCUGCGGUGCGCAGGGACCCGCUCUGCGGCGCAGGGAGCUGCAGCGCCCGGGCUGGGGCGGCGCUGACCCGGCGCCCUCCAGCGGCUGCGCGAGCCGGGCCGAGCUGGGCGCUGGAGCCGCGGGAGCCAUGGGCUACCAGGGACAGCAGCGCUCCGUCCCGCCGCAGGGGGAUCUAGACGACCAAGAAACCCUCGUUUCUGAACAGGAGAAUAAAGGGAAGUCCUGUCAGUCUGCUGCUGUUUUUAACGUGGUCAACUCGAUUAUCGGAUCUGGUAUAAUAGGCCUGCCUUAUUCAAUGAAGCAAGCUGGGUUUCCUUUGGGAAUACUGCUUUUAUUCUGGGUGUCGUAUAUUACAGAUUUUUCUCUUGUCUUAUUGAUAAAAGGAGGGGCCCUCUCUGGAACAGACACUUACCAGUCUUUGGUUAACAGAACCUUCGGAUUUACAGGCUAUCUCCUCCUUUCAAUUCUACAGUUUUUAUACCCUUUUAUUGCUAUGAUAAGCUACAACAUAAUAGCUGGAGAUACUUUGAGCAAAGUUUUUCAAAGAAUCCCAGGAGUUGAUCCUGAAAAUUUGUUUAUUGGUCGACACUUCAUUAUUGUACUUUCCACCAUUAGUUGCACUCUGCCGUUGUCACUGUACCGAGAUAUAGCAAAGCUUGGGAAGAUCUCUUUUAUUUCUACAAUCUUAACAACGCUAAUUCUUGGAAUUGUAAUAACAAGAGUAGUCUCAUUGAGUCCACUAAUACCAAAAACAGAAGAUGCCUGGGUAUUUGCAAAGCCCAAUGCCAUUCAGGCUGUUGGAGUUAUGUCUUUUGCCUUAAUUUGCCACCACAACUGCUUUUUAGUUUACGGUUCUUUGGAAGAACCCACGGUACCUAAGUGGUCCCGUGUCGUCCACAUGUCCAUUUUGGUGUCGGUAUUGAUCUGUGUGCUCUUUGCGACUUGUGGAUACUUGACUUUUACUGGCUUCACCCAAGGAGAUUUAUUUGAAAAUUAUUGCAGAAGUGAUGACCUGGUAACUUUUGGAAGGUUUUGCUAUGGUAUCACUGUCAUCUUGACGUAUCCAAUUGAAUGCCUUGUGACAAGAGAGGUAAUUGCCAAUGUGUUUUUUGGUGGGAAUCUUUCAUCAGUGUUCCACAUCGUUAUAACCCUGGUGAUCAUUACUGUAGCCACACUGGUGUCUCUGCUGAUCGACUGCCUUGGGAUAGUUUUAGAACUCAAUGGUGCACUCUGUGCUGCCCCCCUGAUUUUUAUCAUCCCGUCAGCAUGUUAUCUGAAGCUGUCUGAAGAACCAAGGACACACUUAGAUAAGAUCAUGUCCUGUGUCCUGCUGCCUGUCGGAGCUGUGGUGAUGGUUUUUGGCUUCGUCAUGGCGAUCACGAACCCUCAGGAUUGUACUCAUGGGCAGGAAAUGUUCUACUGCUUUACUGACAAUUUCUCCCUCACAAACACCUCGGAUUCUUAUUUUCAGCUGACAACACAAUAUUCCAUUGUAAACGCCAGUAUCUUGCAGUGAGCUUUCUGCCUUAAAAUGUAUGUUUAUUUCCGCAGACCUGUGAGUUGCCUAGUAAUAUUCAUCUGUUCUAGUUUCUAUGUUAUAAAGUUUUCACUUUGGAAUUUA